AUGGGCAUCUUUUCGAGAAAGGAACGGGACCGGCCGCCGAAGACGGCUUCAGGUCCUGCCCCGCCCCUGACCACGUCCCAUUCCAGUGGCUCUAUCAACUCGGGCGGUUCGGCAAGCCUUAAGUCACCGCUCUCUUCAGCAUCCUCCACACACCUCCCGACUCAGCCGUCUCACCACCAUGGAGUAUCUGGCGGUCGUGCAGUGAAUCGUUCGUCCGCAGGCACAAUGAACACCAUCUCUACCUCCGCUUCUGGACCAGGCACUCCCAUCACACAGUUCUCGCCCGUCCGUAUGUCCAAAGCUGAUCUUCCCCGUGGCCCGGAUCCCGCGCUGGACCCGGCCGGCUAUCUGCGCAGCCUGCCGGCCGUGCGGGAACGGUCUCGCAUCAUCACCGACAAGGCUCUGCGCGAUGAGCUCACGCAUUUUGACGUGGACAUGUCCAAGUUCAGCGAUGUUGUCACUUUUGUGGCCCAGAUCAUCAAGCGUGACUACGACGCGCCAUUUACCCCGUCUAUUCCGCCUCACGGACGUUACCAGCACUUUGCUGUGGGCGGCCGUGACCGCAUUGCCCUCCUCCUCGCCACGUGGCCCAACGAUUCUGUCGACAGCACCGAACGUUGCCGCCGACUCAUCGACCUCUUCUUGGUCAGCGUGCUGCUGGAUGCCGGCGCCGGCACGCAGUGGAAGUAUACGAGCGUGGAAAACCGCCGGGUGUACCGCCGGUCCGAGGGCAUUGCCAUUGCCAGCCUGGAGAUGUUCAAGACCGGCCUCUUCUCCGGCAACCCGCAAAACAAGACCCAGGUGGACAAGGAUGGCCUGCAGACGCUGACCGUCGACAUUCUCGCCAAAGGCUUGCAAUCGCACAGCGGCAACGAGAUGGCCGGCAUGGAAGGCCGUGCUGGCCUCUUGAUGCGUCUAGGUGACGCGCUCGCCGCCAGCCCCGAGGUAUUCGGGUCGGACGGCCGUCCUGGGCGGAUAGUCGACUACCUGCUCGCACACCCGACGACGCAGGCAUCAUCCAAGCCAAUCGUAUCGGUAAACGUCCUGUGGACUCUGCUUAUGGACAGCCUGGAGCCGAUCUGGCCGGAGUCGCGGACAGCCAUCAACGGGAUCUCCCUGGGCGAUGCAUGGCCGUGCAGCAGCAUGCCACAGGCAAAGUCGGGAGCAGCAGAGUCGCACGGCUCGCCGCCAGGGUCGCUGUCGUCAAGAACACCAUCCACGCCCACAUUCUCGCCCUUCCCAACGUCAGGGUCAUCCAACUCGGCGUCGUCCAAAUCGCCCAACCGAGUUGCGGCAUGGGAGUCGAUUGUGCCGUUCCACAAGCUGACGCAGUGGCUGACAUACUCGCUGAUGCAGCCGAUGCAGACGCUGCUCAAGAUCCACUUCGCCGGGGCCGAGCUGCUGACGGGCUUGCCGGAAUACCGCAACGGCGGUCUCUUUGUCGACCUGGGCGUGCUAAACCUAAAGCCAGACGACAUGGAGCGGGGACUGGCACAUUAUCGGGAGUUCUGCGAGCGAACGGGCCACAGCGGCAUUGAGGUGGCGCCGAUGUUCUGCACAGGCGACGACGUGGUGGUGGAAUGGCGGGCCGUGACGGUUGGGUUUCUGGACCGGCUGUGCAAGGAGGUGAACCGAACGUUGCGGACAGAGCUGCAGGGCUCCGAGCUGAGCCUGGCACAGCUUCUGGAAGCAGGAAGUUGGAAGGGUGGACGUGAGAUGGCCGAGAUGUCACGGCCAAACACGAAAGAGCCACCGAUCUUGAUCGAUUCUGAUGGCACCGUGUUUUAG